UAAGACAACGUGUACUCAGUAAACGUAGUCAAAAAAUUUUUUUUCGAUAAACACCCCCCCCCCUCAAAAAUAAAAAAGAUCUAAGCUCUUGUAUAUGGUAGUGACUAAGAAUUUCUAACACUUGAAAUCAAUAGACAAUGAUUAGUGAACUCAUGAAUAACGGUAUUCAUGACUGGAGUCAUGAAUUCACUUAUCCAUAAUAUUCCAAAAUUAUCUUCGUAAAGUGAAUGGACAGUUAAAAGUUACCCAGUAAAUAAACAUCUAAACAUACAAAUGAAUAUUCUCGUCUGACACAAAUAUACAAAAACCUUUCAGCAGAAAUUAUUCUUGAAAUAGUGAACAAACAAAAGAUUUUACUUAAUGAACCCAACAGAUAAUUAAAUAGUAAUACAUUUAUGGCAUUUAGGUCCCCCUUCAAGGUUAGACCUACUGGUCAAAAAUAUGACAGAUAAGGGGUAGAAUUUCAAUUUUUGGACACUUCAGGUUACAAUUUCAGUUCGUGAACAUACUAGUGGAAGUUUGAAUUCGCACAGUGCUAUUUUGAAAUUCUGAAUUCUUAUAUUCCAGAGGUUUAGAAUUUUUCAAGUUUGAGAGGAGUUGAAAUUGUAAUUUACAGUAGGAAUAGAAGAAAAUAUGUCGGAAAUGAAUGAAUUAUCACAAUCGAGCGGCUAUGCAAGUGAUUGCUCAGAAGAAUCAGAUGUGGCUGAAGAUGAAAUAUUAGCAAUGAGAAGUAUAUACCCAACAAAAAUACCUGUUAUCGUUAAAAGAUUCUCCAAAGAAAAGCAUUUACCUCAGCUGGAUAAAAAGAAAUAUUUAAUACCCCAAGAGGUGACUAUGUCACAAUUUCAAAUGAUUCUGAGAAAUAAAAUGCAGCUUCAAAGUAACAGAUCUAUGUAUCUUCUUGUUAACAAUAGAUCGAUGCUUAGUUUAUCGACGACCAUAGCUGAAGUAUACUAUGAGUAUGCUCAAAACGAAGGAUACCUUUCUAUAGCAUACGCAUCUGAAGAGGUAUUUGGUAGCAGAUCUUCGGAUUCAAUUGAAAAAAGUUCAAACACGAAAAUAAAAUACUGACUGAAAAGUUGAAAUAAUAAAAUGACAUAAAAAUAUGACUCAGUUAUGAGUUUAAAGACUGUUAUUUAUAUUUUUUUGUGAUUGAUUUCUUUUUGAAAGCAUAGUUUUAGCUUUGUACUGAUUUACUAUAUUUUAAAUAGGUCAAUGAAAUGCAAAAUUGAAAUUAUUAUAAUUACUGUCCUAUCACAUGUCAAAUAGUUAUUAAAGACUGAUUUCUGUUUGAAUCUGGCAUUAAAAAACAACAAGCAAAAUGAGUUGGGAUAACAGAAAUAUUAGUGUUUAAUACCUUU